AUGUCAGUAGUUGGUUCUUUAAUUUUUUGUGUAGAAUGUGGUAAUCUAUUGGAUAACUCAAAUAACAAUUCUUCAAGUUUGGAUUGUUCACAAUGUGAGGCAAGUUAUCCCAAGUCAAAUUUUAAAAAUUUAAAAGUUAUCACGAAAACAGCACAAGAUGCAUUCCCCUCGAAAUUACAUGCGAAAAAAUCAGUAGUGAAAACUAGCUUAAAGAAGAAUGAAUUGAAUGGCAGUGGAUCAGGAGCCAUCAUUAAGGAAAAAUGUCCUCAAUGUGGUAACGAUGAAAUGAGCUAUCAUACCUUACAACUAAGAUCUGCUGAUGAAGGUGCUACUGUUUUUUACACUUGUACUUCGUGUGGCUAUAGAACUAGAACAAAUAAUUAG